AUGUCUUACAGUUCUUGCAAGUCUCUACUGGACCCUCCAAAAAUAUACCAGGGUCAGGGGAUGCACGGGAGGAAAUUUUCCGAUGACGAAAUUGAGUCCUAUGUAGAUAGAGGGGAAGACAGAAGGCGCAACAUUCGCAGAGGUGGAGGCGAAAGUAGCAGGGCUUGUAAAAACUUUUUAUCUAAAAUUUUAACGGUCUCGUUGCUUUCUGAUUCGUUGAGCUGCAUCGCAUGCAAGAGCACAAUGAAGAACCCGGGAAUCCCCCGGCACCAAAUACAUGCGUACUGGGACUAUUGGGAGGAGAACGCAAGGGGAAGCAGUUACCUACAUAUGGGGGACCACCUGAAUAGUGUGAAAAAGGGAAGUAGAACGGGGGCUUUCUGGGGCGAUUCAUACAUCGACGUGAGAAGCAACGUGAGCAGCAACAUGAGCAGCAACGUGAGCAGCAACAUGAGCAGCAAUGUGAGCAGCAACAUGAGCAGCAAUGUGAGCAGCAACGUGAGCAGCAACCAAAGCAUCUACCUUGGAAGUGAAACCAGCAGCAGUAGUGGAAGCAGCUGCGACGAUAACCUAUCAGAUAGGUCCUCUGUAGAUAUCGAAAUAGGCGAGGAAGUGUUCCAGGACAGCGUCUUGACAGGCUCAAGUUACGAUAAGAUAAAAUUGCUCAAGUAUGACAAAAUAAUAGAGGACGAUGAAGUUCCACUCGAUUGCGAAGCCUCAGAUUUUACUGCAGACAUGACAGGAGAGGACAUAAUUGAAAGUAUUAACAAUUUAGAUGACCCGGUGCCAUUCAGGGAUAUGUUUAUUUUGUAUAAUUCUUUUCAUCAAAAUGAAAGAAAGAAAUUUGAAAGAAUGCAAAACUCUUUAAAAGAGAAAUUUGAAAAAGUGGCCAGAAAACAACUUCUAGAGGAGGGCUAUAAAAAGGAGGUAUGGACUUCUGUCUCUUUAUACUUGAUUCAGGAAUUGUUAAAAAAGGAUUUUGUAGAUUUUAAAUCUUUAUAUCAAUUGAUGAACAUGGAAGAAUGCACUCUUGAUGAGUAUCUACACUUCCUAAGAACAAAGAAGUCCUCUUGGAAAUCCUUUUUGCGCUAUAUGGAGGCCAUAGGCAGCUACCUUAUAUAUUACUAUGUGACUAGGGCACCCUGCAUGAAGAAGGAUUAA